AUGUCUUUAAGCCUUUACGACAGUGCACAUUCACUAGACGGUAAGUCUGGUUGGGAUACUCCGGUUUUCUCCAUGAAAGACUCAAUGGAUCGUAACCCGAUGGUCACAGAAGCUUGGGAGGCUCUCUGCCAGUCUCAGGUCUACUUCCGGGGAAAACCGGUAGGAACCAUCGCCGCCUACGACCAUGCUUCAGAAGAGGUCUUGAACUAUGAUCAGGUGUUCGUACGUGAUUUUGUACCGAGUGCUCUAGCAUUUCUGAUGAAUGGAGAGCCUGAAAUUGUGAAGAACUUUCUCCUGAAGACACUUCAUAUUCAGGGACAAGACAAAAUGAUCGACAAGUUCAAGCUUGGUGACGGCGCAAUGCCAGCAAGCUUUAAAGUUCUACAUAAUCCUAUCAAGAAGACGGAUACGAUUAUCGCUGACUUUGGAGAAAGCGCCAUCGGGAGAGUGGCUCCAGUCGACUCUGGCUUCUGGUGGAUCAUUCUCCUCCGAGCUUACACUAAGUCUACAGGAGAUCAUUCUCUAGCAGAGAGACCAGAGUGCCAAAAGGGAAUGAGACUCAUACUUUCUUUGUGUCUCUCUGAGGGUUUUGAUACUUUUCCGACUUUGCUUUGCGCAGAUGGUUGCUCGAUGGUCGAUCGUAGAAUGGGCAUUUACGGCUAUCCGAUUGAGAUCCAAGCCCUCUUUUUCAUGGCUCUUCGAUCCGCACUCUCAAUGCUGAAACAUGAUUCUGAGGGUAAAGAGUUCAUGGAAAAGAUAGUGAAGCGGCUGCACGCACUAAGCUUCCAUAUGAGAAGCUACUUUUGGCUCGAUUUCCAGCAGCUCAAUGACAUUUACCGUUACAAGACGGAGGAGUACUCUCACACCGCGGUAAACAAGUUCAACGUAAUCCCUGACUCCAUCCCUGAUUGGAUCUUUGACUUCAUGCCUCUCCGAGGUGGCUACUUCGUUGGAAAUGUCAGUCCCGCCCGCAUGGACUUCAGGUGGUUUGCGUUAGGAAAUUGUAUCGCAAUUCUUUCCUCAUUGGCCACACCAGAGCAGUCCAUGGCGAUCAUGGACCUGAUUGAGGCCCGGUGGGAAGAACUUGUGGGAGAGAUGCCGUUGAAGAUAUGUUAUCCGGCGAUGGAGAGUCACGAGUGGGGGAUUGUCACUGGCUGUGACCCUAAGAACACAAGGUGGAGCUACCACAACGGAGGCUCUUGGCCAGUGCUUCUAUGGUUACUAACGGCGGCAAGCAUAAAGACUGGACGGCCACAAAUAGCACGACGGGCUAUAGAGUUGGCGGAGGCACGACUGUUGAAGGAUGGAUGGCCGGAGUACUACGACGGAAAGUCUGGAAGAUUCAUCGGAAAACAGGCUAGGAAAUCUCAGACAUGGUCAAUCGCUGGCUAUUUGGUCGCCAAGAUGAUGAUGGAUGAUCCAACGCAUGUGGGAAUGAUCUCAAUGGAAGAAGAGAAACAUAUGAAACCUCCUCUUAGAAGAUCUUCUUCUUGGACUUAA